CAUCAGUACCCAUUGGCUUAAGGAAGAGCGGAACAGAUGCUGCGUAAUAACAACUCAAGCGCAAAUCCAAGUGCAAACACGACUUUAAGCUCAAGCUCAUGCACUACAAACAGCAGCAUCUUUUCUGGUGCCAAUCACCACUUGCAACAAAAUCAAAAUGAAGCAACAUCACCAGCAACAUCGACAUCACUCCAGCCCCAGCCACAUCAUCAGCAGCAUUUACAGAAUACCCAACAAUCAACAGCAGCCUCCUCCUCAGCGGCGGUUAACUUUUACAACCAAAAACUCAAAGCGGCGGCAUAUUUAAACAGCAAAAUGGUCGCUGCUCAUCACCACCAUCAUCACCAAAACUUGCUGCAAAGCCAAUUGACCCCAAGUGAUUUACAAGAGGAUUCGUCCAAUAUUACAAGCGAUCUUAAUGAUGACCAUCUGCAACAAGUCCACCAACAGCAGCAACUCUACAACAACUACCAACAGUAUGCUGCAGCUGCCUCUUCCUAUCGCAAUUGGAACCAUACGUUGAGUUUAAAUGGUGCGGCGGCAUUACAAAAUCUACUAUAGCAGUAACCGACGAACAGACAUCCCAAAUUGACCACGUCGGUUUUUCUCCACCUAAUUACGUUCAAA